ACCAACAAGAUCCGGUGAGUCGAUUCUCCUGAAGCAAAAAUGGGAUUAACGGUGCAGAUCUAACAAUAAUCCCUUCGCGAGCGGGAUUCAGAUCCUCUCAUAUAGAAAUUCUCUGGUAUUAACAUGAGAGAAUUUCCACGUGAGAGAGAUUGGAAUCCUUACAGCUAAGAGAGAGAACCCUACUAGUACUAUAAAUUGCACUGUCCCCAUCGAAACGCAACACACACUCACUCCAUCAUGACCAUGCACCAUUUUCGUGUUCUUCUUCUUCUUCUUCACUAGUUUUCCCGCUACAAGGAAAAAGAAAAUCCACACCAUUUUCGUGUUCUUCUCCACUGUGAAAUUGAAGUUGAUCGAUUCAAUGGAUCCAUGUCCCUUUGUGCGUCUCACGGUGGAGUCUCUGGCUUUGAAGCUUCCGGUAGCAACCAAACCGGCACCGGUUUCCGGCGUUCACCCUUCAACCACCCCUUGCUUCUGCAAGAUUCGGUUCCAUGUUUUCCCCUCUCAAACCGCCCUACUCCCCCUCUGCUCCUCCGAUUCCCCCUCGCCGGAAACCACCACUUCCGCCGCCGGCUUCCACCUCGGCCCCGCCGCGCUCAAGCGACUCUCCGGGAAGCCGGUCGCUCUUCGCGUCUCGGUUUACUCCGGUAGCAUGGGCCGCACCUGCGGCGUUUCUGGUGCUAAGCUGCUCGGUCGCGUCACCGUCAGCGUUGACCUCGCCGGAGCUAUGUCUCGCCCCGCCACGUUCCACGGCGGGUGGCAAAGGCUUGGGAAGAAGCAGCGUGAACCGGAGCAUAAGCCUUCGGCUCGGCUUCACUUGGUUGUCCGGACUGAACCGGACCCCCGAUUUGUGUUUCAGUUCGGCGGCGAGCCGGAGUGCAGCCCGGUGGUUUUUCAGAUUCAGGAGAAUAUCCGACAACCUGUUUUCAGCUGCAAGUUCAGUGCUGAUCGGAACUGCAGAUCCCGGUCUCUCCCCUCAGAUUUUACCAACAAGCCAAGUAGAUGGAGAAGAACAUUGAAAAGUGUUAGAGAUCGUCAUGGGAGGGAGAGAAAGGGUUGGAUGAUAAUGAUUCAUGAUCUCUCUGGCUCCCCUGUUGCUGCAGCCUCCAUGAUCACCCCCUUUGUCCCUUCCCCUGGCUCAGAUCGAGUCUCAAGAUCAAACCCAGGCGCGUGGCUCAUCCUGCGCCCCAACGGCGCCUCCGUGAGCAGCUGGAAGCCGUGGGGGCGCCUCGAGGCUUGGCGCGAAAGAGGCUCCGAGGAUGGCUUAGGCUACAAGUUUGCGCUCGUGACUGAGAACGGACCUGUGAGCGGAAUUCCCAUUGCUGAGGGCACAUUGAAUGUGAAAAAGGGUGGCCAAUUCUGCAUUGACUAUAAGGUGAUGAAGGAUCAUGGAUUGAGUGCAAGGUUACCAGGGAAAGGGUUUGUGAUGGGUUCUACUGUGGAGGGUGAAGGGAAAAUGAGUAAACCGGUUGUGCAAGUUGGGGCACAGCAUGUGACAUGUAUGGCUGAUGCUGCUCUCUUCAUUGCUCUUUCAGCUGCCAUUGAUCUUAGCAUGGAUGCUUGCCAGCUUUUCUCACAGAAACUCAGGAAGGAGCUUUACCAUCAUGAAGAACAUGUUUCCUAAUCCUUUUCAUGAUUAGCCAUGCUUGAAGCCGAUUGAAUCUGGUUUUUGUUUUUGAUUUACCUUUUACCAUAUAUGCUGCAGUGAUAGCCAAUGUUUUCCUAUUCAAUGCAUAGUGAUUAGUGAGAGCAUUGGUUUGAGCAGAGGUAUAUGCAUACCUACAUACAAAAACUCUUAGGAAGUUUAUUAGAGUUGCUAGUUUUGAUGGUUUUGUUUUCAAGCUGGGAUUUUUCAACAGCAGAAAUUAGGGGAGUGAUGAUUUUAACUGCAUUUUUUUGGUACUGAACUGAACAUUUGAACUGUACAAACAACCCACAGGCAAAUGUAAAAUUUAUUUAUAAAUGCAAAUUUCUGUUUGUUA